UAUUCACGAUUAAUAGAGAUAAAUACAUUCUGAAGAUAUUUUAUAAUCGUGAAUAAUUAAUAAAUUUCAUUAGUUGAUAAAUAUUUAAUUAUAUUAUGUAAAUAUUUUGACAUAUAAGUAAUGUGUUCAUAAAUAAAGAUAUAUUUUUACAAAAAUAUAUAUACAAAAUACGAAUCUGUCAAUUAGGUUAAAUUUUAACGUAUUUAAAGUGUCAAAAAGCAAAAGUUAAAAUGAAUAUUAAUGUAACUUUAGAUGAACCUUUAACAAGUAAUAAUUGUGUGAAACUUGUAAUUGAACUCCUAAAAUAUAUUUUAUAUCAAAAACAACAAAUACCUUUUACUUACGAUUCAUUAUCUCAAUUACAAAUGAAAUCAACUGAUAGAAAUUUGUCUUCUAUAAAAACAUUAUUAAAUACUCUAAAAAGCACAUCAGAGCAGUUAAAUUCGCAAUUUCAUCUCAAAAAUUGUAAAAUCAAAGAAAUUGCUAUACUUAUUGGUGCUACAAUAAUAUCACCGAAAUUACAUGUUAGGAUUAUAUUUCCAUCUGAUAUUCUUAAUAGUCAAGAACAUUUUGAAUGUAAACAUGCUUCCAAAAAACCUCUCUUAAAUUUAAUGAGAUCAAUGCUAGAAUGUUCAGAAUUUCAAGAUGCACUGACUUUACCAUUGAAUCCUACAAAUACCUUUGUGUUAAUACAAAAAAGUGAUAGUAAUACAGUAUCAGAUUUUUUUUUACUUAAACCACAAUAUAUACCUCCUAUAGAAACUUCAAACUAUUUUAUAAUUAAAUUACAAUAUAAUGAUCAAAAAAAACUAAAUUGUAAUUGCAUAAAUAUAGUGAAAAUUUAUAAUGAAGUAUCCGAAUCUAAUAUUGAGUCUAAAAACAAAGAUAUUGAAUUUUUAAAUAAUUCAAGAAUUAAUACCACACAUGUAUCUUAUCAAUGGUAUCAAUCCAAAGAAGUAAUCAAAGGAUUUAAAUUUUUAAGAUGACUAUAGAUUAUUAAUAAAAUCAAUAUUCAGGAAAUUAAAAUAGCAAAUUUUUAAUUAAUAUUAUAUAAUAGAUUUAUUUUUAAAAAUCAAUAAAAAAAUAAAUAAAAAAAAAAUUUUAUUAUGAAAAUGUGAUUUCAAAAAUAUAAAUAAUUGCAAAUAUUAUGUAGAUUAUAUCUUAGAAUUUUUUAAAAUAAAGUGUUAAAAUUUAUUGAUUUAUAUAUUGAAAUUAUGUUUGAUUAUAAAUAAAAUAAUAUAUCAUGUGAAAACAAUUACAAAUAUUUUUUAUAUUUUUAUUCUUAUAUACAAAUUUACAUAAUGUAUGUAAAGUUUACGCAAAGAAUAAAAAAUUUUCUUAUAUAAUAA